CCGAAACGUAGCCUGGUACGUAACCUGGUGGUUUUGACGUCGCCGUGUUGGAUGAAGGAGAAGAGCCUGCAGCAGUCGUGAAAGCAGUCCGACAUUGCCCCUUGGUUUUCUCAUCUUCUUCUCUCCGCUGACCGAUGUCCCUUGACAGGAGCCUGGACCCCUCGCUGGCCCAGGGGGUGGCCGAGCAGCUCCACUUAUCCUCCUUCCCCGACUCCCCCAUCGCCCAGGCCACCCCCCUUCACGAUGCCAUCACACCCGACGCACCACAGCUGGAGCUCCGCGACGCUGCUGGUGUUGGUAUUGGUACUGGUGCUGGUGGGCGCUUCGAGCUGGUCGACCGGCCGCAGUACUUCGUCUUCCUGUUCGUCAACCCGACGUCGGGCGGCAGCAAGGCUGGCGAGAUCACGCAGCUCGGGGUGGAGACCUUCCGCUUCCACGCGCCCUACGACAUGAUGGCUUACGUCUAUGACAUCACUUCGGGCGACCCGGGCAACAAGCCGGGGUUCAAGCGGCUCAAGACGGUGGUGGACGGCGUGCCGGCCGACCAGAUCGUGCGUGUGGUGGUGGCUGGUGGCGAUGGGACGGUCAUGUGGUGUCUGUCUGAGCUGGAGGAGCACGGCAUCGACGUCAUGCGCGUGGCUAUCGGGGUGGUGCCGUAUGGCACGGGCAACGACUUCGCGAGGGCGCUGGCGUGGUCGCGGAUAUCGAAUUGCGCCCUGUUUGACGCGUCGUUUGCUCUGUUCAAGGCGCUGGUGCACACGUGGAUCGAGUCGAGGGUGGUGCCCUAUGACAUUUGGGAGGUGGAGGUCUCCGUCCAGGACGACGGGUGAGGGUUAGUCAGUGAAGUGAGCCGGUCACGCUGGGCAUCAUGUCACGCCGUCGUUAUUCAGGUGCUUCAAAAAGAUCGAUUCCAAGACGCGUCAGAAGAAGACCCUCACGCAGCGGGACGACGCGAGCCGGCCCGUUGUCUCGCAGAAGUUCCCCAUGGCCAACUACUUCUCCACCGGCAUCGAGUCGCGCAUCGGCCUGGGCUUCGACAGGCACCGCGCACGCUCCCCCUUCGCUAACAAGGUCGUCUACUUCACCGAGGGCCUCAAGAAGGCCUUCAAGAAGACACCCAGGAUCACAGAUGUCAUCAGCAACCUCAGCGAGGUCAGUGGCGAGAGCGGCCCCUCACAGGAGUCCCCUCUGGCCCGAAGCGAGCCGGCGUCCACCAGCAGCGAGCGGUCGGUCUUCUCCCUCUCCACCAGCAGCGGCGGCCCCAAGCUCGUCGGCAAGCCCGCCUCCCUCAUCGCCAUCAACAUCCCCUCAUUCGCGGGGGGGCUCGACAUCUGGCGGUCCUCCAAGGGCCGCCCCGGCCUGCGACAGGCCGCAUUCAAUCAGGACGAGAUCCUCAAGUCCCCCCAGGCAGUCGGCGACGGCAAGAUCGAGUGGAUGACAUUCGACAGCAGCGUGGCCAUCGGUGCGGAGAAGGUGAUAUCCGGCCACGGGCGGCGGGUGUACCAGGGCUCAGGGCCGUUCAAGCUGACGUUCAAGGACAGGCUGCCCGGGGGGGAGGGGCGGUUCUACAUGCAGGUGGACGGGGAGUUCUUCCAGCUGUGCAAGCCCAAGGAGGCUCUCUUGCGGCACCACAAGACCAUCCAGGUGCUGAUGGCUGACCAGAAGGUGCUGGCGCGGCGGAUAAAGGAGGCCAAGCAUGGCGUGCACCGGCGGACAGCUCCAUAGCUCUAGCUUAGUGAGGGAGCAGGGACGGGGUGGGGGGAGGGAGGGAGGGAGGGUUUGUUUUUUCGUGGGUGCGGUGCUUGUUUUCCGUCUUUUUGGGUCAGUGACGGACAGGGCAGGUGUGGAGUGAGUGACUGAGUGGCUGAGUGUGCAUUUUUGCGUGACUGGCCGGCUGAGUGUAGUGGGUUGAGUGUACAGACACAUACUUGCAUCUGUGGUCGGCCAGUUAGCCAACAGAGAGAGAGAGGGAGAGAGCGCUUUGAUGAAAUGUCUGAUCGUCUCUUCGAUUGUCUGAUCGCCGGCCUGGGCUGCCUGCGUUUCUCAUGUCUGCGUGACUCGUGUACCCUACUAUCGUAUCUCAUGUCUAUGUAUGUAUAGCCCGUUUUGCUGCCUUCACGAU